AUAUGGUUGACAUUGACCAGAGUGAUCAGUCGCCGCUCGCGGUGCCUCUUCUCGCUCGCUCUUCCGGUAAGAAAUUGGGAAGCAAUCGCUGCAGGUCGAUACGUAUAGCUAGGGCUUCUUUUCUGAGGCUCGGUGCUUUUUUUUUUCCCUCCCCGAGGAUGGCGUUGAAGGCGUCUGUGAGCUUUGUGCCACUACCGUCGUCGUCGUCCUCUCCGUAUAGAGCUGCCCCCUCGCGGCGGGUUCUUUUGGUUACCAGAAUGCUGAGGAACUCGUUCUUAAACGGAGGAGUGGGAUCCCUAAAAGCUAGAGAAAUAAAUUCGUCCAGAAUUAAGCAGCUGAAAUGUCAUCCAUAUGGUGGAGGUUCUCUCGUUGUUCAGAUGAAUCUUUUUGAUCGGUUAGCAAGGGUAGUCAAGUCAUAUGCAAAUGCUAUUUUGAGUUCAAUGGAAGAUCCAGAAAAGAUUUUGGACCAAGCUGUUCUGGAAAUGAAUGAUGAUUUGACAAAGAUGCGCCAAGCUACAGCACAGGUAUUAGCAUCACAGAAACGACUAGAGAACAAGUAUAAAGCUACUCAACAGGCAUCUGAUGAAUGGUAUAGAAAGGCUCAGCUUGCUCUUGGAAAAGGAGAUGAGGACCUUGCACGUGAGGCUCUCAAGAGGAGGAAAUCUUAUGCUGACAAUGCUAGCUCUUUAAAAGCUCAGCUGGAUCAACAGAGAGCUGUGGUAGAUAAUCUUGUCUCCAAUACUAAGCUUUUAGAGAGCAAGAUACAGGAGGCCAGGUCAAAGAAAGACACUCUGAAAGCUCGUGCACAAUCUGCAAAAACUGCAACAAAAGUUAGUGAGAUGCUGGGAAAUGUCGAUACAAGCAGUGCACUUUCAGCAUUUGAAAAGAUGGAGGAAAAAGUAUUGGCUAUGGAAUCCCAAGCAGAAGCACUUAAUCAGUUGACAACUGAUGAUCUAGAAGGAAAGUUUGCACUGCUUGAGAGCUCAUCAGUAGAGGAUGAUCUUGCAACGCUGAAGAAGGAAUUGUCAGGGAGGUCCCCGAAAGGGGAGCUCCCUGCUGGUAGAACUGCUGUUAGCAGCUCAAAUAUCUCUUCCCCUUUCCGUGAUAUGGACAUUGAGAGGGAGCUCAAUGAACUAAGGAAAAAAGCCAAUGAAUACUAGUCAGUACAUUACUAAUCCUGAAGUUUACUUGAGUGAAUCGAAAUGAGACUGCAACUAGAGGAAUCUUUAUAAUGAUUCAUUUGUUUCAAAUGAAUUUAGUUGCUAAGCUCUCUUUUCUGCUCUGUGUAUGCUUAAUUUGGAUGUACGAGGAGCAACAUACCAGGGCAUGUUCUCUAGCAACCUUCUUCUUUUAUCGCCAUUGUAUAUGACUUAUGUAGUAUACAUAUUAUUAUAAUGGACCAAAUCAGUGGUGCAUUUCAGGCA